UUUCGUUUGCCCGGUAGGUUAAGCCUCCUGGCCGAACCCUUUUUAACCUUCGCCCAUCAGAGCGGCAAAACUCUAUCGCGAAAAAAUCACCAUCACCAUCGCCACAAGCACUCAUCCAGGAGUAUUUUAAUGUAUGUUGCUUUUGCUAAACGGCUUGAGACCAAAGCUCGGAAAUUCAAAUUCAUCAAACAUACUAGACCAUUGUGUCCAUGAUUACAUGAAGCAUGGAAGCUAGACAAAAUGGCAUCAGGGUCCCAGCCAGGUGUACCAAAAAUUAGGACCAGGAAAACACACGUCGUCGCAUUCCAAGACCAUGCCGGAAAUCCAGCUCUGACGGUCUUUCGCGGUGAACAGGGCAAUCCUUUACCCCGCCUUUACAGCUAUUCCAUCUACUUCACGCACCCCGAAGCAGACCCUAGCGAUACUGAUAGCGCAAGAAAGCUAUAUGAAACAAUCACUCAAGGUCCACGCUACUAUACAAAUUCCGUCGUCUUUCGUUUAGACCUGUACUUCAUUCCUAAUGGCAGCCAGGACGACUGCGUUCGGCAUUAUCGCGCUGAAAAAAAUGCGCGAGGCGAUUUCAAGGCGCAAAUUGAUGCUGUUGCAAGAGACGAUAGAGGCAAAAUUAGUGGUGAAUCGAAGAUGCCUGGAUUGGUCUCAUCAUAUAUUUACGACAAGGUUGUCCAUCGUUAUCAUAGUCUUAUCUACGUAAACGGCGAGGCCAAUUGGCAGACUGGGGAUCAAACAAUGGUACGAGUCGAGUUCGAUCCACUCUCAAAGGAGGAGUAUGAGAAAUAUAGUAAAGAUCCAGGCGAUUCCAGGGAACCCAGCGAGCUUCCAGAGACACAUGUUGAAGUGGAAGCUCUCAAUGAGAGUAGUCCAACAUUUGGUCGAGAAACUGGACCUGGGCGUUCUGUGGGCUCUAUGGGGUAUGAAAUGUGGGAUAGAGCUCCACGAGAACAUAUGGGCGAAGAGGCUUGGGAAGAGGCUCGGGAUAAGGGAUGGACUAGCUGGUGAUGCGUUGAGAGGAAAAUGAAACCGUGUUUACAAGAUGGACAUCGGUGGACUCAAAUCGUUCAUUCCGAGUCUUUUCAAAUCAGAAAGCAAGGAGAGUUUUUGCGCAACGUUUCACGCUAUUGAUUUUAAUAUUUUGUAAUUGAAGUUUUCAAUUUGAGAUUCGAGGUUUAUCGGGAUAUUGGUAGUUACCUCCAACAGUAUUUGAGAUCGAAAUUGCGAGACAAAAUACAUCAACGUUCAUACAUUUUAA